GUGUCGUGAUGACUCCCCCUCCCCCCUGAUUGGCUGGCUGGAAUACCGCGCCGGAUUGCCUCCGAGGUCCGCCAGAUCAGCUUCAACUCCACACUCUCUAGUCCCUCUGUCCAUCUUCCAAUCUAACACCUGUCAUUCUUCCCUUUGUCACCUAAACCGUUCGUAAUUGAGACUCAUGGUUUGAAUUUUUCAUUUCUCCCUCCUACAAUCUCACAACCCAUCAUGGCGCUCCGUCCCCUCGCGCUUCCUCGGCAACUCGUGCGACCCGCCGUUCGCACCCCUCUACGGAGCCAAGCACCACGCCAUCACCUGGCGACGGCGGUGCCCCCGGUCACGCAGGAUGCCACCAGCUCUAAAGGUCCCACGGCUAUGGUCUUCCUGAACAUGGGUGGUCCGUCGACGACGAGCGAGGUGGAAGACUUCUUGAGCCGGUUAUUUGCCGACGGCGACUUGAUCCCCCUCGGACGAUUCCAGAGCUACCUCGGCCCCCUCAUCGCCAAGCGACGGACCCCCAAGAUUCAAAAGCAAUACGCCGACAUUGGCGGUGGCUCGCCCAUCCGCAAAUGGUCCGAGUACCAGUGCUCGGAGAUGUGCAAAGUCCUCGACAAGAUCAACCCCGAGUCGGCGCCGCACAAGCCGUACGUCGCCUUCCGGUACGCCAACCCCCUGACGGAGGAGAUGUACACGCGCCUGCUGGACGACGGGUUCGGCCGGGGCAAGGGCGGUCGCGCCGUCGCCUUCACCCAAUACCCGCAGUACUCGUGCUCGACGACAGGGAGCUCCCUCAAUGACUUGUGGAAGUGGCAGACGAGGCUGGAGGGCAAGCGCGGUGGCAAUGCGGAUCCCGCGGGCUCGAUCGACUGGAGUGUCAUCGAUCGGUGGCCGACCCACCCCGGCCUGGUGGAGGCGUUUGCGCGGAACAUCGAGGACCAGCUCAAGACCUACCCCGAGGAUCGCCGGAGCGGUGUGGUGCUGCUCUUCUCCGCCCACAGUCUACCUAUGAGUGUAGUGAAUCGAGGUGACCCGUACCCGGCGGAAGUGGCGGCCACCGUGCAUGCGGUGAUGCAGCGAUUGAACUUCAGCAACCCUUACCGCCUGUCCUGGCAGUCCCAGGUGGGGCCGUCCGCGUGGCUGGGAGCCCAGACGAGCGACACCGUUCAGGAGUACGUCAAGCGGGGACAGUCCGACAUUGUGCUGGUCCCGAUUGCCUUUACGAGCGACCACAUCGAGACCCUGUACGAGCUGGACUUGGAGGUGAUGGAGGAGGCCAACAGUCCGGGCGUCAAACGGGCCGAGAGUCUGAACGACAGCCCGGUCUUCAUCCAAGCCCUGGCGGACGUCGCUCGCGAUCACCUCCAGAAGGGAGAGCGAUGCUCGAAGCAGAUGACGCUCCGCUGCCAGGGGUGUAAAAGUGAACGCUGUCUGGAGCAGAAGAAAUUCUUUGCGGGGGAGCAGGCAUCGUCGCUUGUCUUAUAGUUUUGAUCUCUCUCUUUUUUCUUCUUUUAGCUAGAGGGUUGGUUUCUAUUGGCGUUCCAUAGCUGUACUUUCAACUGGGUUUUAUUAUGUGUAUUCUACUUUUCGUUGUCUAUUCCUCUCAUAUGCUUAAUU